AUGCCUCUUCCAGCAUCGACCAAGUAUUGGUUGAAGUAUGACAGCGGCACACUGGGCAAUGAGGAUUUGUCCCUGCCCAAAGCAGCUACUGUACAAAAGAUUGUGUCGGAAAUUCUUCCCGCCUCACAAGGCGUGGCCUUUGCUAAAGAAGCUCGUGACCUCCUCAUAGAAUGUUGCGUCGAGUUUAUCACCCUUAUCUCAUCAGAGGCAAACGAAAUCUCAGAGAAGGAGGCAAAAAAGACCAUCGCUUGCGAUCACAUCACUAAGGCUCUAGAGCAACUAGGCUUCACUGACAUGGUUCCUGCUGUCCUCGAGGCAGCAGCCGAGCAUAAGGAAGUUCAAAAGGGUCGUGAGAAAAAGGCAGACAAGUUUGCCAACAGCGGCAUGUCCAUGGAAGAGCUUGCUCGUCUACAGGAGGAGCAGUUCGCCGCUGCACGUGAACGCCACGGUUAA